AGUCAAGCUCAGUUCGCCAUGUAGAUCAUACAAUGAAAAUUCUGUCGAGAAACAACUUGGCAAUUAUCUCGGUGGUGUUUUUCGUUUAUUGUUUGAUUGAUGGGGAUAGUGGUGCCAGCAGCAAUAAGAAAUAUCUCAGAAAUGGCAGAGGGAAAUCGUUCGUCACCGUUUUAUUCACCAAGAAGUACAACAAUGUAACAUCCAACAGUAAAGGUCUGUGUAGAUGGUUGAAAGGCAUGAAGCAUCAGAAUAAACUAUGCUUGAAUAAAGAGGGACUAGCUGAAGUCAUAGUGGACACAAGAAACAUAGCUAUUGCUUCUUGUACGGAUAAUUUUCAGUAUGAGCAAUGGUCUUGUAUGCUGCAGAAGAAAUUAUUCAAGAAAGUGUACAGAGAAACCGCUUUAUUACACUCACUUUCCACAUCCGCAUUCACUUACACGGUGGCUAAGGCAUGUGCAGCAGGAAAACUGGAAAAUUGUGAAUGUGCUAGUCAUGGAAAGUCUGAUAACCCUGCUGCUUGGCAAUGGGGUGGCUGUGGUGAUAACACGAGAUUUGCUAGGAAGUUUGCUUACAAAUUCUUUCAACUCAGAAAAAAAGAUUUUGUUACAGGUGAUAUAGUCCAAAGUAUUCUUAAGUAUAAUAGUGGGAUAGGAAUUGAGGUUGUGAUGAAAUACGAAGAAAAAAUCUGCAAGUGUCAGGGAUUUUCAGGUUCAUGUAAUUACAAAAUAUGUGUCAAACGGAUCCGCUCUUUCAACGAAAUUGCCAGAGAACUCAAGAACCGCUACCACAGCGCCAUCCAGGUAGAGCCCGACAACUCAAUCGUCCAAAUACAGAAAGAAAGGUUCGACGGCCAUCUUGUCUACCUAGAGAACAGCCCGAACUUCUGUACUACCACCGUGGGGAGGCGCUGCAAAGACGCAGACAACUGCGCCACGCUUUGUUGCGGAAGAGGUUUUGCUACGUCAUCGAAGACAGUGAAAGAGAUUUGUAAUCCUAGAUGGCGCAACGAAAGCAUCUACGAGGUAAAAUGGGAUAUUUGCGAAAGAGAGGAAGUUGUUUAUUCCUGUCAGUGAUUUUACUUUUUAUAUGAUUUUUACAAUGAACACAAAUAUCAACUUCAUCGUGAUGAAAUAAUUGAUCAAUAGGACUGCA